AUGGUACUCACUGGAUUGUCCAUCGCGGCAUCUGGCCGCUUCCCGAGUGGAGUAACCCAGAAAGCGCUACAGACGCGUAUAACGUCACUCGGCGCCGAGUACCUGUCGAGCGUCACACCGGAUACAACCCAUCUCAUCGCAACGCAAAAAGACUUCGAGAGCAAUUCCACCAAGGUCAAGACUGCUGUUGCUCAGAACGUGUCGAUCGUUAGCCUCGAAUGGCUCGACGAGUGCGAGGCGACAGAUUCCUAUGUUCCUGAGUCGCAAUAUGUGUUGUCUUCUGCGGCGGCGCCAGCUCCUGCCUCUGCUCCUGCCCCUGUCCAAAACGGGUCAAAGAAGCGCGCGGCGUCAUCUGCAUCACCACCAACUGCACAACAGGAGACCAAGAAGCCCAAGAUCAAAGAGAAUGCCAAAGUUGGAGAUGGACAAAAUGCCAAGUCCAAGCAGAUUGCCAUCUCCGUAGACGAGCAUUGCCCUCUGGCUAGCUGGCGCGUCUACAUUGACAACAACGACGGCACGAUCUACGACGCGUCGCUCAACCAAACAAACUCGUCUGCAAACAACAACAAGUUCUACAAAGUCCAGCUUCUCACCGAUGGCUCCAGCUACCGAACGUGGACACGCUGGGGGCGAGUCGGCGACCGUGGCCAGAUGAAGAUGCUUGGCGAUGGAGGCCUCAGUAAUGCCAUGCAGGAGUUUGAGAAGAAGUUCAAGGACAAGUCUGGCCUCAAGUGGGCGAACCGCGGUGACGAGCCGAAGGCUGGCAAAUACGCCUACGUAGAGCGCUCCUACAACCCUGACUCGGACGACGAUGACGACGGCGAUGCCGAUGCUGGUGCUGAUGCCAACGAGACCAAUGGCGUUACGCCUGACAGCACCUUGUCUCCUCCAGUCCAGGAUCUUAUGAAGCUCAUCUUCAACCAGGAUUACUUCAAUCAAACCAUGACUGCACUGAACUACGACGCCAACAAACUCCCACUAGGCAAGCUCAGUAAAGGCACCAUCGCUCGCGGUUUCCAAACUUUGAAGGAUUUGUCCGUGCUUAUCGACGAGAACGACAACGAUUCAAGGGCGGAGGUUGAACGUCUGUCGAACCAGUACUUCUCACUCAUCCCACACGCCUUCGGUCGCAAUCGCCCGCCGGUCAUUCGAGACAUCACACUCCUUAAGAAGGAGAUUGAGCUACUUGAGAGUCUGUCAGACAUGAAGGAGACCGCGGCCAUGCUCAAGGACCAAUUGAAGGACAAGAGCGAUGUGAACAAGCUCGACAAACAAUUCCAGGGACUUGGAAUGAACGAGAUGACUCCUCUUCAACAUAAGAGUCGCGAAUUCGUGGAGAUCGAUGAGUAUCUCAACAACUCGAAGGGCAAGACACAUCAUGUCAGCUACAAAGUUCAAGACAUUUUCCGCAUCGAGCGUCAAGGAGAGUUCGACCGUUUCGACAAGAGCAAGUAUGCGAAGAUCGCGAGCAAUCGCCGCUUGCUUUGGCACGGAUCCCGAGUCACCAACUAUGGUGGUAUCUUGGGUCAAGGUCUCAGAAUCGCUCCACCGGAAGCCCCUGUCAGCGGAUACAUGUUUGGCAAAGGUAUCUAUCUCGCCGAUAUGUCUUCAAAAUCCGCCAACUACUGCGCUUCGUACAAUUCUGGAGGCACUGCCCUGCUUCUUCUCUGUGAAGCUGAGCUCGGCAACCCAAUGCACGAGCUUACCGACGCGUCGUACACUGCUGGGGAGGACGCCGCCAAGAAAGGCCUACACAGCACAUUCGGUAUGGGACAGACUGGCCCGAGAAAGUGGAAAGACGCGGGUUGCGUGAACCCAGCCCUAAAGGGCUGCAUGAUGCCCGAUGUAUCGACACCACCCGGUGCUACCAACGUGCCCAACGCGUACUUGCAGUACAACGAGUACAUUGCCUAUGACGUCGCUCAGGUCAAGCUCCGCUACCUGCUCCGAGUUCAGAUGUAG